UCCCCCAGAUCAGCGUGAUUCUGAAACCUGUGCCUGUCUCAGCAUCAUAACCCCUCGUUAGGUAGCUCCCAGGUACGUAAGGAAUUUGCAGGAGUCAACUGCCAAGUUCCAUGGAUGGGGGAGUUGAUGGUUGCUUUUAUCUGAGUUUGUAAGCUCCAUGACCAAAAUUUCCUGACUGCAGAAAGCGUGCCUGCUCUUGCACAGCAUCUCAUUUUUCAUUCUGCUGAGGACAGCCUCUGACAAAUGACAGCUCCUCUACCAUGAAGCAUCCCUGAUCAGGCAUUCCAUGGGCGUGAUGCUGGCUUCUGGAUUCCUUUCUCUGUCCCCCUCCCCCAAUUUUUUCAUUACAUAAAGCUGACAACUGCAGAUUUGUCCUCUGUUGAUUAUACAGUCAGUUAAAGAGGAGAGUUCAUGGCCAUCCCAGCUUGUUUCACUUUGCUGCUUUUCCUCUGCCAGCCCAACUUUCAGCUGCAGUAAUCUGAUACGGUUUGGCAGAGGCCGAGAGAAUCUUUGGCACAUUGGAAAGGAGCUUAAUGUAAAGUCUGCUUUCUUUUUUUUUUUUUCUUCCCCCCCCUUUUUUUUUGAGAGGGAGAGAGCGAGAGCUUUUUGAAACCAGUGAUUCUGCACAGCUUUGGCAGUGAUUGCAGGACUCCUCAGAAAUGCUCCAGAUGCAUCUGUGAGCAAAAGGAUUACCAAUGCAUUCUGCGAAGGGAAUGUCCGAGUAUCUGUCUCACCUCCUCUAGAAAGUGUUAAAGAACAACAUGGAUCAAAUAGAACAACUUGCUGCUGACAGAAAGAAGAGCUUUCUCUCAGAGGACAAUAAAAAGAGCAAUGGCUAUAGAACCGUUGUGGGAUUCCUAUGCAUAUUCCCCGUGGUGGCUUUGCUGGCUAUUGCAGGAGAUCCAGCUGGAGCUGCAGUUCAGGAAAGUCAGGAAGAUGCCACAUCACCUGGCCUCCGUGAAGUGAGUGCCUCUGCUUUGCACAGCCCAGCCUUUCCACCUCGGCCUCCAGCACGGAGAAAGCGAUACACGAUCACACCUGGACACUUGAAAUGGGACCACUUCAACCUGACCUACAAAAUCCUGUCCUUCCCAAGAAACCUCAUAAAUGCCAGGGACACACGCAGGGGACUGGCGGCUGCGUUCCGAAUGUGGAGUGAAGUUUCACCAUUCAGCUUCAGAGAAGUGCCACGCCACGUACCCAGUGAUCUGAAAAUAGGCUUCUACUCCAUCAAUCACACAGACUGUCUGGAGUCUCUCAUUCACCACUGCUUUGAUGGAACAACAGGGGAACUUGCCCAUGCCUUCUUCCCACCCAAUGGGGAAAUCCACUUUGAUGACCAUGAGUACUGGAUAUUAGGAAAUACUCGGUUCAGCUGGAAGAAAGGUGUCUGGCUUACAGAUCUGGUGCACGUAGCAGCUCACGAAAUAGGGCAUGCCUUAGGACUCAUGCACUCCCAAAACCCAAAUGCUCUCAUGCACAUCAAUGCUACUUUGACUGGGAAAAAGACCAUCUCUCAAGAUGAAGUCUGGGGAAUUCACAGACUUUACGGAUGCAAGGACAGACUGUUUAUGUGCCCCCUGUGGGCCCGAAAAGGUUUCUGUGAGAAACGUGAGAAGCUGAUGAAAAAGCACUGUCCGUUCACCUGUGACUUCUGCUACGAAUUCCCAUUUCCAACAGUUCCUCCUACUCUGCCACCUCCAAGGACAAAAACCAAGACUGUUUCUGAAGGCAGGAAUGUCACCUUCCGCUGUGGACAGAAGAUCAUCCAUAAAAAAGGCAAAGUUUACUGGUAUAAAGAUAAGGAGCUUCUGGAAUACUCAUAUCCAGGUUACUUAUCCUUAAAUGAGGAUCACAUGAGCAUCAUUGCAAAUGCAAUUAAUGAAGGAACUUACACUUGUAUAGUAAAGAAAAAAGAAAGAAUCUUGACCACUUAUUCCUGGAGGAUCAGACUGAGACAUUAACAAGGGCUCUGGCAUGAGAGCUUCUCUAUUUCAAAUUCACAAUCUGGCUUAAGCAUUUUGUAUUUAAACGCCAGUAGUGCAAAUGAACUCCUAAAUCAGCUGCUUCAAUACCUCGAGCAAGAGAGACUCUGGGACUUUGUUACUGGAUAAAACAACUCUUCCAAAUUAGUUUUAAAGGUAAAGAAUUCAUCAAGCAUGUGUUGUACAGAGAAUUAAAAAAGAAAUUUAAAAAAAAAAAUCAAGUGUAAGAUUUUGCAGUUAACCUGGAUCAGUGGACUGCUGAAAAACGAGAACAUAACCCUUCAGCAAACACAUGGAUGAACAGACUGAUGGCUCAGCUAUGUUGCAAUGGAAUCAGAGGUAUUGUGGAAAGAGAAUGACCAGUAAAUGCGCUGUAAGUGGUUUUUUAUCUUUUUUAUAUCACGACAUGUAGGUGUAUAAGAACGUUAAAAAAAGAAUUACUUUUUCUUCUAGUGGGCAGAAGGAAAAUAUAGGGUCACAACAAACCCAAAUUACUCCAUUUCACACUUUGACAUACUCAGUUCAGCUAUGCACAGAAUAUCUCCCUUCCACCCCCCAACUACUUUCCUGUGGUGUGUAUUUAUUGUCUGUGUAAUCUUAGCCCAGCAUACUAUCUACUUCCAUCUGCAGCUCCUCAUAACUCAUCCUUUUGGUGUCUGAUCAGUAAGCUUCUUGACCCCUUCAACAGAGGUAAGAUCAUUUCCAUCAUCACACCCAGUCAUUAACAGGCGAGGUGGAUGCACCACAUCCAGAAGAGAAGCAGCAUUUGUUUCCUGGGCAAAGCCCAGUGCACUCAAACAUCUAUCAGCUGGGAAUUCAGAUGUGCAGUUACAAACCCUGACAGUCAUUGUAUUUAAUGGGUACCUGAAAGAUCCUUAUCCAGUAUUAAGGCAGCCUACAUCAUUCUCUGCUUAGGUUCGUCCAUUUUUAGUUGCUGUCUUAAUCUCUUCAAACACGUUUCUUCCUACCUUAAGCAUCUCAUGUAUUGCAGAAUAGGUCAGCAUUCUAGGAGGAGCUCUGUACCAGGACAGCAAAAGCACAAGGGAAAAGUAAGAAACUAAUAAGAACAGUUUGGUACAAUUGCAAUAACAGUAAUUUUACUGGCAGAUAUCUAGCAUGAACUUAGCACAUCUCCAUUUAACAGAGCAGUGCAACACCACGUGGAUCCAAGCAUCUUAAAACAGCUCUGUCUUUUGGAUUUGGAGAAACGAAACAAGAACAGUGAGCUGAGCCUUCAAUAGCUCUCACAAGGGGAUGUCAGCACUUCAACUGCAAGGAUGCUCAAUCCUAGGGCAGAUCCAAAGUUCUUCAUUUCACAACUUAACAGUUUUGUAUACAUACCAUUUAUGAUAACUGACUUUUGUGCUGUUUCUCCAAAUCCUGUUUACCUCCACCUGUGCUUGUGGCAGGCACUGUCCUUGCUGGAGAUGCAGCUAAGGACCUGCUUUGCCCCACGAAUGUCCUGUAAGGAGUCACCUUCCAAAACUGAGCUGACCUCAAGGCCAGUGGAAAAAGAAACCAAGGAAAAAAGUCACAGUUUAAGACAGCAGGCCAUGAGACAGCUCUGCACUGCACCCAGUGUUCCAUGACACAGAUGGCACGGCCCAGCACUGCUGUGCACAUCUGUUCUGGCUGCAAUUUCAAACCAACAACAUCUUCAAGGAACUCAGGAAAAAAAAAAAAGAGAAAGAGGAAUUUCUGUAAAGAAGCCAACCAAAAAAAACCUCUCCAUCUCCUGCCCAGGACCACGGCAUGACAGCUUCCAUUUGCUGGAAAUUAGUAUGGAAAACACCUGACAGAUAUGGUGAUACCCUCAAGGUAAGCAACAAAACUCACUUUCUCUUGGCAUACACUUUCAUUUUAUAAAAAUAAAAAUUGCAGUAAGCCAACAACAAAAUAAAUCCCUAACCUACAACAAGGCUGUGAUUACCACACACUUAUGCACUGGAACCUCCAUGUUGUUUAAAAGAUGAAUCUUUGCAGAUUUUCCCUGGUUGAAAUCAGUUAUUUAAGAUGACACAAUUUCAAAGUAAUUGAGUUCCAUAGUGCUGUUCCUGGUGAAACAGUCCUGGAAAUGUUUUCACUUUACUUGCCUUUGCAUAACUUGUUGUUUGAUUAAAAGCAAAUAACUCCUA